AUGGCCCGUGGCCGUACUCAUCAGCUCCAGUUGCUGUAUCGCCAACGAAUUUCGCGACCAAUCUCACCUUCGGACGGACCUGGUUGGAUUUACGUCUACAUCGACAACGGUAACGAGUUCAAGAUCGGAAUGACGAAGAACUUCGAGCGCCGUCAGCAGGAAUGGGACAGAAACUGUUCAUGCCGGGAUCGGAUUUGGUUUAAACCAAUACUGGCUGCGAAUAGGCGUAGAGCGGAAUCUGUUGUCCACAUUCUUCUGGAGAUUCAGCUGUCGGGUACACGUCGAGAAAUUUGUUUUUGCUGGUCAUCGCAGGGAUAUUCGGAGGAAGAUCUUGGGUCCAGCGUUGCGGAGGGCAGUGAUGAUUUAAAGCUUACGGGCAAUCGAUCAGGAGGAAAACUUGUAUCUAUAGACGUUAAUGCUCAGUGUAUGUAUCGAAGUGCGAAAAAUUCUGGCUCGCGGCAAUGGCAGGAUCAUUUGAAAUAUUUAUUUUGCGCUACGAUCGGGUUGUCCAUUCUGUACAAUUCCGACUACGUAUGA